AUGGCCUACCACUCAGCCUACCGCGGCAUUGCGACGGGUGCCAACGGCGAAUUUGAUCACUUUGUGCGGACAAUCGACCCAUCACAUUUGGAAGGCGGGUAUUGGAGGUUCCAGACUAUCGACGAUGACCGGCGCGCAAUGGCCCGCGGCUUCACAACACCUGAGGAUGUUCUCCAAGCUGCCGACUCCAGCGACGACAGGUUCGACGAGAUCAUACUAAGAUGGGUGAGGGGCGCAAACGAUACAAGCUUCAAGAUGGCGAUGUCGGGUACGGCGCAUCAUCAUCUCCAAACGAUCUACGAACUGCGCUCGAUGCUUCAUCUGCCCAUGUCGUCCAGAGGGCAAGUGCCGCUCUACCCAAUCAGCACCAACCCACGUCUUAAGCAGUACUGGGAAGCGAAAUACAGAGCCCAACGACCUACCCCGAUCGAUCCCGCGAUUCAGCUACCAGAACGGCCCAUCUCAUCUCCAGUGACACCAGGGCCUGUACACUCGACUUCAUCGCAAGCUCAGCACGCAGAACCAGCGACACCGAAGUCCCCCAUUGGCAGAGUUACCAGGGCACGCAGCGCGAAGCUAUCGCAAGCAGCGGGACCGAAACCUGCAGCCAAAACUAAAUCAGUCAAACAAAGAACCAGUGCUACUGCAUUGCCUGCAGGCCAGCUUUCGCCUACAUCUUCAUCGUUAGAAAAGGUCAAGAUUCCACUUCCUCCUUCCAAAGCGAAAAGUCAGCAGCAGGCUCCCUCCCAACGCUUCGAAACGCAACCGUUGAUACCCGCACAACCUGGUCCGUCUAUUAGCGGGAGCGUGCCUACGAUACCGCGAGCUGCGUUAGAAUGGGGAUUGCAGUCGUCACCAAAACAAGCAACAUCCAAUGCUAGCAAUGGUGUAUCUCAACAUAACUGGGUUCACCCGUCUGCUCGCGCCUCUGCUGUACAAUACUCUGCUUACGCAGACCCUCCACGACAGCUAGCCCACAGCAAGAGCGCUACAGACCCUUCACCAAAUACUACUGCCUCGAUUUCAGGAGUUUCCAAUGCUUCGAACAUACCAAUCCGAUCUCCGACGAGCGGAAGACAAGACAACCGUUUUGCGGAAACAUAUCCUGGGUACGUGGCACUGAGGGGGGGAGGCAAUGAUCGAAGGGAUGGUCGCAAUGCAGGUUCCUCCGCCAACAAAGGACACAAACCGAUCGCAGCUCCGACAACGCCAUCUGCUUUCGACGAUGAUGAUAGCAUCCCCGGUGUAUCAAUAAGCCCGCACGCGCCUCACAAUGCUUCCUCAAAGACCCCUACGAUGGGCUCACAAGAAGUCUCGUCCGAAGACCGAUAUAGCCCUCUACAGUUACCAGCAAGCUCCCCGGCGCAUCACACCGAAGGUACAAAUAUCGAAGAGCCAAUCGCGGCCGUUGGGUCGUGCAACACGGCAACCAAUGGGCAGGCUUAUGCUUCUCGGGGGAGACAACAGCCUUCAAUUAGCGACCUUCGGUCGCUCAGCACAUCAGACGUAUCUACACUGGGUACUAAAGCCGUAGCCGUAGCGGAGAAGCCGGUAGAAACUAUCUCCGAGCCAUGGGGCAGUUACAUGAAAGGCCUUGAACAGCUUCCAUGUGUAGAUUGCGGAGAAGAUGAAGGACACCAGCUGGACUGCAAUCUUGGGAACAUUACACCAAUGCAGAACCUCACCGUCCUCGACUAUCGCACCCUUGCCGACGCUGUCGAGCAAUUCGAUCCUGGCCCAUGGACAACCCACUUCGUUCCUCCCGAACCCGAACCUGAAGACGCGGCGACACAAAUGAGAGGCAUGGCCGCCGUCAUAAGGAAUGAGGAUAGCUACAAACAAGAUGCCGAGCUUCACGGACUACCUGAUGACCUCAUGAUGAUGUUGUGGGCUUUCAAGACUUCGGACAAUGUUCAGGUUAUCAAUGAGGAUGAUUGGGAUUCCGGCAUUGGUGAGUUCGAGAUGUGGUGA